UAACUAAAAGACAGACAAGAUUUAAUCAAAACUCCACAGUUCAAAAUUAUUGAUCAAAGAUAAAUUUUUAAGUAGAAUAAUAUGUUGAUUUUAAUAAAUGUUUGUGAUUCUUGAAAAGUCGUACAUAUAUAUCUGGUUUCUUGUAAUGUUGUGACGAGUUUGUAUAUAUAAACGGAGGGUGAGGCUUUCGUUUUUGCAUCCACCCCGAGAUAGAAAACAAACAAUUGGCUUACACACUUUCAAGGACAAGUUUAGAAGCUUCAUCAUGGGGAAGUCAGGAACAUAUGUGACAGACGUUCUUCUGAAAGGGUCGGCGGAGAAACACUACAAAAGGUGGAAAAGCGAAAACCACCUCUUCCCCGACGCCAUUGGCCAUCACAUCCAAGGUGUCACUGUUCACGAAGGCGACUGGAACACCCACGGGGCCAUCAAGUCCUGGAACUACACAUGCGAUGGGAAUCAAGAGGUGUUCAAGGAGAAGAGAGAGUUUGACGACAAGAAGAUGACGGUGACAUUUAGAGGGCUGGAUGGUCACGUGAUGGAGCAGCUUAAGGUGUAUGACGUCAUCUUCCAGUUCGUCCCAAAGUCUGAAGAAGGUUGCGUCUGCAAAGUCACUAUGAUAUGGGAGAAGCGCAACGAAGACUCUCAAGAGCCCAUCAAGUACAUGAAGUUCGCCACGAGCUUGGCUGCUGACAUGGAUGACCACAUCCUCAAGGACCAGAGAAAAGCGUAAUCGUUAGGAGUGACAAUCUUUAACUAAGAAAAAUAAAGAAACGUCUUCUAUAUGUAAAUAUGUAUGUGUCUUUUGUGUUUGUCUCGUACAUGAUCAUCCGCCCUGUGUACAUUUUAUGCUGAGAAUAAUGGCGGUCUUUGUAAGCUUAUAUGUCUUUGGUGUUGUUAUGGUGUAUUUGGUUGGUGUUCGUAUUAUGAUAUUUGUGUGUCGUCGGCCAGUAUUAUACUAUUAUGUAAGGUAUGCAAAGAGCGCAUAAUGUUAAUUAGGAUUGUAUAA